AUGGAGCAACCAAGAGCAGCAAAUUCAACCCCACUUACGACUCUAGGGUUCUUGGAGAGAGCUGCCCUUGCUUACGGAGACUGCCCUUCCAUCGUGUACAAUGAUUCCACCUACACGUGGUCGCAAACCAACUGUCGGUCAUUACAACUGGCAUCCUCAUUGUCGUCCGUGGGGAUUGCGAGAGGCCACGUGGUAUCCGUUGUGGCACCGAAUAUCCCCGCCAUGUAUGAACUUCACUUUGCUGUCCCCAUGUGUGGAGCCAUCCUCAACACCAUCAACAUUCGACUCGAUGCUCGCACCGUCUCAACGAUCCUUCGCCACAGCGAAUCCAAGCUUGUCUUUGUGGACCAUUAUUAUGUUCCUCUCGUUCUUGAAGCCAUUGCUUUGCUCUCUUCGAAUGGGACCGAAAUCCCAUUGCUCGUACUCAUAAAUGAUGAUGAACCCUCCCCAUCAUUCACGUUCGAUAAUAAUAGUAAUUUCAUCGACACGUACGAGAAUAUGGUGAACAAAGGAAACCCCGGUUUCAAGUGGAUCCGACCGGAGAGUGAGUGGGAUCCAAUGGUAUUAAACUACACUUCGGGCACCACAUCAUCACCAAAAGGAGUUGUACACUGCCACAGGGGAAUAUUCAUCACCACCGUUAGUUCCCUCGUUGAUUGGUCUGUCCCACAUCAUCCUGUUUUCCUGUGGACACUCCCCAUGUUCCAUGCCAAUGGAUGGUGUUACACGUGGGGCAUGGCUGCCGUGGGUGGGACCAACGUUUGCCUUAGAAAAUUUGAUGGAACCAUAAUCUAUAACUCGAUAAAACGGCACAACGUGACCCAUAUUUGUGGUGCGCCGGUGGUGCUAAAUAUGGUGGCAUCAUCAACUUCUCUAACUAAUAAACCAUUGGAGAAACCAGUCCAGUUCCUUGCAUCAGGGGCUCCAGUGCCGGCACCGUUGCUGUUGCGAGCUGAGUCAUUGGGUUUUAUAGUGACUCAUUGCUAUGGGUUAACUGAGACAGCCGGGUACAUCGUGUCGUGUGCAUGGAAACCUCAAUGGGGCGCAUUGGAUGCACCAGAUCGAGCCAGGUUAAAAGCUAGGCAAGGGGUGAGGACAAUUGGGGUAAUGGAUAUGGAUGUGGCGGAUCCGGAGAGAGAAACUAAUGUGGAAAAAGAUGGUUCAUCGCUCGGAGAAAUCUUUGUCAAAGGUGGGCAGGUAAUGCUUGGUUACUUUAAGGACCCGACAGCAACAUCUUCAUGCAUGCGAGGGGAUGGUUGGUUUUAUACCGGCGAUGCUGGUGUUGUUCAUCCCGAUGGGUAUUUAGAGAUCAAGGAUCGGUCCAAGGAUGUGAUUAUUAGCGGCGGGGAGAAUAUAAGCAGUGCCGAAGUCGAGUCUGUUUUGUACUCGAAUCCAGCUGUUAAGGAGGCGGCUGUUGUGGCAAGACCGGAUGAGUUUUGGGGUGAGACACCCUGUGCCUUCGUAUGCUUGAAGGAUGAGUACGUCGAAAAGCCUACUGAGAAAGAGAUGGUAGAAUAUUGUAGGGCCAAUCUCCCACAUUAUAUGGCCCCUAAAACAGUGGUGUUCAAGGAGGAGCUUCCUAGGACAUCAACUGGGAAAAUUAAGAAGUUUGUGCUGAGGGAAAUUGCCAAGGCUUUAAGCUAG